UGGCGGCUGGCGGCGGCGCGGUUUGAUGACGUCAAAUCUCCCGCGCCGUUGCCAUGCUGCGCGCGUUGGUGGAGGGCGGCGCGGAGCGGCUGGUUUGGGUGGAGGAUAACGCCACGUGUGAAGGCCGCAGCCUCCUCCGGGCUUUUGUCACUGCUGCCGUGAAAAGGGCUGAGCCGGUCGACGUCGUCCUCCUCGAGGUGACCAGGGAGCAGUUUGGGAUCGGACUGAGCCCGGAGGUGAAGGAGCAGCUCCGUUUCCAUGAUGACGUCACGGACCCCCGGGGUUGGUUGGGGGUCGCUGUGGGUCGCCCGGCUCUAUGGGGUUUGGGCCUCAAUGGGGCCGGGCCCAACUCGAUGGUGGUGGUGGAUUCCUUGAGCGCCGCCCUGCUCCGACAGCGCCCCCACGUGGCCGGGAGGACUAUGAAAGCCGCCAUGGGGGCGGGGGAUAUGGGCGGCCUAUGGGCGGAAUAA